GCUUUGGUGAGCUAAGGUACAACUCGUCAAAGACCUAUUUCCCUCCUCUCUCUCUCUAUGUGCUUGCCUUCCUGUCAUUUUUCUACUAUACCCCCAACAAAUCCCCUUCCCCCUUACUCCGCCUCUGUGUGGCGGCGGUUUUUCCUCGCUGAAAUUGCCUGCUGUUGCGCCAAUUCGUCGGGAUUUGGCUUCGAUUGAUGAUUCUUGGGGCUGGAUUGAGGCGUUGAUCUGAUGGAGCGGAUAGUCGGAGGUAAAUUCAAACUAGGCCGUAAGAUCGGCAGUGGAUCGUUUGGGGAAAUCUUUCUCGCGACGCAUAUCGAUACUUUUGAGAUCGUGGCAGUCAAAAUCGAAAAUAAUAAAACUAAGCAUCCACAACUUCUGUAUGAAGCCAAGUUAUACAACAUUCUUCAAGGAGGAAGUGGUAUACCUAAUAUAAAGUGGUCUGGUGUCAAUGGGGAUGACAAUGUACUUGUCCUUGAUUUGCUGGGACCGAGCCUUGAGGAUCUUUUUGUGUAUUGUGGUAGGAAGUUCUCAUUGAAGACUGUCCUCAUGUUGGCUGACCAAAUGAUAACUAGAAUAGAAUUUGUGCAUUCGAAAGGAUUUUUGCAUCGGGAUAUCAAACCUGAUAACUUUCUCAUGGGCCUUGGAAGAAAAGCAAAUCAGGUGUAUAUUAUUGAUUUUGGUCUGGCUAAACGAUAUCGAGAAUCAGGAACAAACCGGCACAUUCCUUACAGGGAGAACAAAAAUUUGACAGGAACUGCUCGCUAUGCAAGUUGUAAUACCCAUCUUGGAAUUGAGCAAAGCCGGAGGGAUGAUUUGGAGUCUCUUGGAUAUGUACUUCUGUAUUUCCUGAGAGGAAGCCUUCCUUGGCAGGGAUUAAAAGCCGCUACAAAGAAGCAAAAGUAUGAUAAGAUUUGUGAGAAAAAAUUAUCAACUCCUAUCGAGGUGCUCUGCAAGACUCAUCCAGUGGAAUUCGCUUCAUACUUCCACUAUUGCCAUUCGUUGACUUUUGAUCAACGGCCUGAUUAUGGAUUUCUAAAGCGCUUGUUUCGUGAGCUGUUUACUCGUGAAGGAUAUGAGUUUGAUUACAUUUUUGACUGGACCAUUCUGAAGUAUCAGCAGGCACAAAUAACUAAAACACAGCAACGGCCAAUUGCCGGUGAGAGCAGUGGAGCAGCUCCAAUGGAUGCAGAAAAGAAUCAAGCCAAUAAUGCUCCAUUUUCAUCGGAUUUGGGUGAACGCAUGAAGUCAAAUACUGCUGCUGCUGGUCCUGGCGUUCGGUUGCAAUUUAAGUCUCCAACAAGCAAAAAUCUUUCUCACGGGAAUCCUGCUGAUAGAAAUGUUUUGAAUGCGGCACAUGUGCCAUCUACUUCAUUCUCUCCUGCCAUUUCUGGGAAAGGCAUUGCAUCAAAACCUAUGUUAUCUACUGAGGCAAAUGCUACUAAUGGAAAUGGCGAUAACACUGGUCCUUCAAGCAGUUGGAUUUCAUCCCUACGCCGUAUUUCUUCAUCAAAAUGAAUGAAAUCCCUGUUCUAUUUGUAGGACCUGGUCUUGCCAACUAAAAUGCUGCCAUGGAUGGAGGGUGCAGAAAUGUGGAAGGAGGUAUCAUUGCCAUUGGCGUAUGCAUCUUUUGCAACACAAACUGUGUAUUGCCAUUGGUAACAAAGGUUACAAGAAUUAUGAUCAAAUCCUUAAAUGCUCAUUAUUGGUUGAUUCAAUCGAAGCGUGUGUAUAGUAUACAAAUGACAAGACAGCCAGUAUCUCCAAAUACUCAUGGUUUGUUUAACCAAAGGGGGAUAAUGUCUGUUUGUUUAUUGUGGUCUGUAUAUCUUUUCUUCUCCGAUCAAUGCACAGCCAAAGCCAUGUCUAUUUGGAGUUGUAGAAGCUGCUUAGCCGUUACAUUUUGUGAGCCAUAAGUUCUCUCGUGUGAAUUGGUAUGUGAAAAUAAUUUAGUUGUGUGGUUUCAAGGUUGUCAUUAGCUGUGUCCUGUCCACAAGAACGGCCAAUCAUAUCGGAUACAGCAAUGCAUUUAAUACAUGUUUAGAAUCA